AUGAGUCCGAAACGUCAAGGGAAUAAAGUUCUUGUUCUAGCGGUCGUUUCUGCUCCUUCUAAGCCUUGCAAUGAUUGGUUAGAAGAAGAAGAAGAGGAAGAAGAAGAAGAAGAAGAAGAAGAGGAAGAAGAAGAAGAAGACGAGGAAGAAGAAGAAGAAGCAGAAGCAGAAGAAGAAGAAGAAGAAGAAGAAGAAGAAGAAGAAGAAGAAGAAAGGAAGAAGAAGAGGAAGAAGAAGAAGAAGAAGAAGAAGAAGAAAAGAAUAGGCGUCUGA